AAAUCUCCAUGUUUACAAGCUGAUGGCGGCAAUGAACAGUUCCGGCCAAGUACUUCCUCGCCGGAACCCUAAAAUUCCCGAAGACUCUGUCUUCUACUCCAUCUAUUCGGACGACAUCAAGUCUUCCAGCCCGCCUAAUGCCGCCGCCACCGACCUCCGCCCCCUCCUCCUUCGCAUCCAUUCCAUCCUUGCCCCACUCAUUUCUACCUAUAUCUGGCAGCACGAGCCGUUCAUCCUAUCCACCGUUGCUUCCUCCACCUCCUGUCGCCUAUGCGGGUCCCCUCCCAUUCCUCAUUUUCACGGAAAGACUCGUUUCGGCGACAACCUGGAGGACGAGUGGUUCAUCGUUUUCCUCCUCUUCGAGAUCUCCCGUGCAUUUCCCUCGCUUUCCAUCCGGGUGUGGGACUCCGACGGCGAGUUCCUUCUCAUCGAGACAGCCUUCUCCCUUCCUCGCUGGCUCAAUCCCGAUUCCAGCCCUAAUCGCAUUUUUAUUCGCGCCGGCGACCUCCACAUAGUCCCUAAGUGUAUCUCUUCAUCCACUCCCUCCCUAACCGUCUCUCUUGAAGCCUUGAGGAACCCUGAAACCGACACGAAAGCAUCGAAUUCUAUCCAAUCCAUUCUGAAGAAGAAGAUCUCGGGUUACCCAGAGAAAGCAAGGGCAAAUAUGCACAGAGCUGUAGUUACUGUUCCGCUUAAAGUGGCGCAGGUCCUAAAGCACGAGCCUUGCUUGAUUUCUCUGGCGGUGGAGGGAUUUUAUGACCGGGACGUCGAUUCAAUGAAACAUGCUUCAAGGAUGGAGAAGUACUUGAGGACUGAAAAGGCGGAGGGAGAGAUUGAGAUGGUUAGGGUGUCGGUGGAGAUGUCGAGGGCCAUGUAUGCGCAGCUAGUGCAACAGAGAUUCCAGGCGCCGAGGUGCUACCCAAUGCCAGGGAGGGAAGAUGGGCCGGUGGCUUAUAAGGAGGCGGAACUUGGGAUGAAGAUUGCUUGUGGAUUUGAGAUGAUGUAUCAGGAGAGGAAGAGGGCCGGAAAGGAAGGCAAGGGGAGUACGUGGGAUGCCUUUAAGGAGAGUUUGGAGAGGAGCGGAUGUUUUAAUGGGAUGCUGCCGGGAUCCAUGGAGUACCAACGAAUCAUGGAUAACGCAUUAGAGUACUACAAAAGCAGUUCUUUAUUUUCUCGAACAAGGGACAUCCUGACUGCUCCUCUAAAAAGGAUUGAUGAAAUACUGACCUCAGUAUAUUCCAUAAAUGAUUUCAAAGAUAUGCAUAUUGUUCCUCCAGAUGAUGAUUCCUGGUUAUAUAAUGGAGAAGAUGAGUUAAAUUCAGCCAUAUUAGAGAGACAAAUGGAGAUGGAAGCUUAUGAGUCUAAACACAGGAAAGAAGAGAUGGUAGUAGGGGAGGAACGGUUUGGCGGUUCUAGUUCUCAAACAAAGGAUUUUAAUCUUAAGGAUGUUGCAGAAUCUAUGCAAGCUUUUGUUAGAAAAGUUUCAAGCUUUGAGGGAGCUGAGGUUCCUGAUGACUGGUCAGAGGAAGUGAAACUUGAUGCUGAACUGUUUCUUAAAGAAAUAGAAUCAGUUGCAGGUCCCGUUCCGCAAGGAAAAAAUUCAUUUGAUGCUGAUUUAGAGGAACUUAACUGGUCUUCAGAUAUGGAUUUUGAAGAUUCAGAAGAAGAUGAUGAUAUGGGUGAAAAUGCUAUAUAUGAUGACACUGAAGAUACUUUUAUGCAGUCUUAUUCUGAUGCUCUCAAUCAGGAACUAAGCUCAACGGCCCUGAAAAAUAGUUUUAUUCGUGCCGCAAGGCAGCCCGACACUGAGGAUGAGGGCACAUCAAACUCUUGGAAGCACGCAGAUGAAGAUCUAACACCAGUCGAUGUGGACAUGAAUCUGGUGCAAAGCUUCCUCGAAUCCUUCGCAUCCCAGCAAGGUCUUCCCGGCCCCGCCUCAAACAUGCUCGGACUCAUGGGCUUGAAUGUUCCGGCGAGCAUGAAAGAGACUUAAUUUCAUACUAUCCAGCAUAAUACAUAGGUUAAUUGACUUUAUCCUAUUAUACCAUAGUAGCAUGAAUGCAGAAUUUAUUACACUAUGUAAUGUAUUCUAUAUUUUAUGUACUUCUGAAAGUCAUCUGAGAUAAAAAUCAGAUAAAAUGAACAGGACAAUGUUGAGUCGGUUGUGUUCGGUGCAGGAUGCACAAAUAAUUACGUUUUGUUCAUAUAGUCAGUGAAACAUUCAUAUCAGAUAUAUUAUUGUAAUUUUGAUAGAAGUUUUGUUUUGUUUAAAUUGUAUGUAAAUUUUUUGGCCCCCUCAAUUUAAAGUGAGAUUUACA